AUGGGUCCAAGAAAUUCAGUCACGUAUAUGUCGCCGCAAAUUCAAAAUGAGUUCAUUGGAAUUUUAGGAGAUAUAGUUCGCCAACAAAUUAUGUGUCAGGUACAAAAGGCCAAAUAUUAUUCUAGUAUACUAUUUGAUAGCAUUAGCAGUCCAGAUAUUUCACAUAACGAUCAAACAAGCCAAGUUGUGCGAUAUGUAAAGAUUGAAAAUCAGGAAGUAGAAGUGGUGGAAUCUUUUAUAGAUUUCAUUGAAACAAAAAAUAAAACUGCUGAAGCUAUUUCUGACAUGAUUUUAAGUAAGCUUAAAGCUGAUGGCCUUGAUAUAAUGGACUGCAGAGGUCAAACAUAUGAUAAUGCUGCUGUCAUGGCUGGAAAGCAUACAGGAGUGCAACAAAGAUUCAAAGACAUAAAUCCUAAUGCCGAAUUUGUACCUUGCUCAAACCAUUCGCUAAACCUGGUUUGUUUACAUGCUGCUUCAAUCGAAACCAAUUCUGUAACUUUCUUCGGCACUUUAGAACGUUGUUAUGCAUUCUUUUCCAUGUCAACACACCGUUGGGACGUUCUAAUUGCUGCUAUAGGCAAGACAUUAAAAACAAUUCAGGAUACACGAUGGAGCGCAAGAGCUGAAGCAGUAGAUAUCGCAUGGAACCACUAUAAGCUUAUUUUGACUGCUCUAGAAAAAUUGACAGAAGCAAGCGAAAAGGACACGAACACACGUAGGAACUGUGUUAGUCGCAAUGGAAUCAUUUUCUUUUUUAUGUCUCUUGGGCCUUUGGAACCUGUACUGCAUGAGGUAAAUGAUGUCCAAAUUUAUUUACAAACACAGGUAUUCAACGUGCAUCAGUGUGACAAAAAUAAAUGCUUUGCAGGCACUGCUCACAGAGAAACGAAAUGA